GUCUAAGCACCCUCUCCACGACCAUCACCCAUGUCGACCACGCCUGCCCCAUCCAAGCCGCUUUCGAGCGAAAAUAUUGUUGCGCAGAAGUAUGACCGCUGCUUGGCGGACCUGCUUGUCAAAGCGGGCGUUGGCUUCAGCGUAGGCAUCGUCGCCUCGGUCAUCCUCUUCAAGCGUCGCGCAUGGCCCAUUGCACUUUCGACUGGUUUCGGAGCGGGCGCUGCCUACGCAGACUGCGACCGCUCGUUCAACCCUGCAAGGAUACCUGGUGUCCGUGUUAUCCCCACCAGUCCUAUUCCCUCUGCUACCCCUGCUGCUACUCCCGAGGGUACUCGCGAAGUAUAGAAAGGAAAAUUGGGCAAAUACCGGCCGUUUGAGUGUAGGGGUGGACUAGAGCUAGCGAACGCAUGGACUGAUUCUCGGACGCAACGUAUGUUCUCUCCAUUUCUCCGGUCAACACCCACCUGCUCGAAACUUUGAACCGGGCUGGAAAAAAAAAAUGCAAACUGCCUGUUUCUGCACCUGCUUGCCAUCUCUGACCACAGGCCAGGCUACAAUGCUCCAGUCGCCUGUUGAAGUUGACCAAAAUAAUUCCCACGCCUCGACGGCCAAGUGAACAAGCUAUGUUAGUCUUCAGCUUAAGUCUUGUAUGUGCCGUUUCCAGAUACAGUGUUCACGUGAACGCCAACACGAAGGCGGUCACAUUUGAAGCUGCUCUAUGAAUACGAUCAUCCUGCUCAAAAUCGAUGCAACAAGGCGCAUACAAGACGGUUUCUGCGUUUUCCCCGCGUCGUGUUAGCGAAAUACCACUAUUGCUCUUUCGUCGCGUCUCGCGGAUGUACUGUCUCAGAGUGAAGCGGUUCAGGGAUAACUGGGCUGUGAGCAUCUGGAUCGUUGCGAGGAAGCGUGCGACGAGGUUUGCCCAGGACAAGACGUUCGUACAAGACAUCUGUGUUAUCAAAAUAUGUUAGUACGGUUCUAAGCAAUGCAAAAUG